AUGGAUGAAUGGAAACCCCCGAGUUUGGCAGAUGUUAUGAGGAGCUCUAGCUGUCUAUCAACUCAAUUCGAGGCACUUUCUACGGACUCGGGCGUCACAUUAGGUUAUCCGAAUGGCAGCUCUCCGUCGAACCGCGAGUCGCCUCUCCGCGUUCACAGUCUUUCCAGACUUGGCAGCUCAAUGGUCGACCUGGAAGUUCGUCUACCCGACGGGCAGCAAGAGGUCUUCCGAAACGUCAAAUACGACAAGUUGCAAUCCAAGUUCGAGUACUUUCAAUCCACACCGAUGAUCAAAAGCGUCAGACUUGCCUUCCAGCCCGAGUGCAAGUUUGAUGUCGUUCGCCAGUUGCUCGAGGACAAAAGGCUCGUAUUGAAUACAAUAUCGGAAAUGGCAGACGCGUUAAACUUGACUGAGCAGUGGCGAGGCGGUAGCUCGAUUCGACAGCGCGUUGUUGACCGACUGCAACAAUUAGACAGAAACUCAAUCGACAAGAGAAACAACAUGACGAAAAUUGUCAGCGAUAAUUUACUAAAGCCCGACGAACUGAAAAAAGUCUUCAAAAAUCAACUCGAGGAUUUGCGAAAGCAGCUGGCUGCAUUCAAGCGAUCCGUACAAAUGUUCAAAGAGCCCAUCGACGACGACUUUCUCCAACAAUGGCUGCCGACUUUGAACGAUCCCCUUUUGGGCGAAAAAUGCCCUUUCGUGGAUGAAGUUGAUGAACUUUUCCACUACCUUUUUACACGAAGAAUAGCGUGGCAUGACAUCAACAUUCUAAGCUUCUUCCUGCCAAAUCCCUUUAUUCACUUGAAGAAGAGCCUCCAAAAUGCGAUUUCGCACAACAUCACUCGCUAUCUCCGAGAAAACGGGGCCAACAACUUCAAACCAAUCACAAACGACGGUCCUUCCUUCCCUGCUCAUCUUGGCGACAAAGUUCUGAACCAACUUGCCUACGUCAUGGUCAGGAAGGGAUGGAAGUUUGAUGAUGAUCACAUCCUCAGCGAGACUGGCUUGGUGACUCCGAUCUAUUUGGGAGACGUGGACGGCAAAGUCGUCAACAAAGACCUUCUCUGUCUGGCCCUGGACUUCGGCCAUGAAGACGUCAUCAAGUACCUCUUCCGCGAGUUCCACACAUCCAGCUUCUACACCUUCUCGGAUCAGUACUCUCAGCAAGUUCCCAUAGGCCAAAAUCCACUGAAACAUCACACAGAAUCGCACGAGGCAAUCUCCAAGUUCUAUCCUCACUAUCAAUUCGCGCUCGAGUAUUUUUUACACGAACUUGAGACCCUCGAAGGGCUCCAACGCGCGUUACGAUAUUACAACAAUGUCUUGCGAGAACGUAACAUCAUCAAGCAGGACCUUACUCCGAGUGAUAUCUGCUCUGGUGUAAUGACACCUCUUCAAAAAGCUGUAGAAAUGAAUCAAGUCGAACUCGUUAAUAAAUACGUAAAAGUCUUCGGGCUAGAUGUGAAUGGUGUUACGCCACAGUAUAAUUUGCCUCCCGUUUACAUCGCAGCGAGUAAGAGGAAAGUGAGGAUAACGCAGAUGCUCAUUUAUAGCGGUGCUGAUCUGAUGGGACCUGUUCAAUGUGGUGGCAAGAAUUUAUCUAUGUUUGAUGUUAUCUGCGCAAAUCCUACGACAUUCCUAAAGACAAGCGAAAACCAACGUCGCGAUCUGGCGCGUGAGUUCUACCAGCGAAACAUUCGCGAUGCGAAAACAGUGAAUGCUGCUUAUCCAACUAGCCCGCCGCACUUCAUGAACUCGCAAUGGACGACGAGCAAUUCAUGGCCCACUUUGCCCAAGUCAGAGUUCAACGGAAGCUCAUCCAUGCUUCUCAAACAGUUCAUUCGCGGCAACCGAUGA